GAGAAGGAAAGAUAGAGAGAGAGGAGAAGAUAAAUGUGUCCCUUGCAAUGGAAGUUUUGUUCUUCUCAUUUCAAUUUCUUCUCUAAAUUCCUGAUUUUAUCCGCUUUCCGCCUCUGAUUCAUUCCUUUCAAUCCCCGCCUCUGAUUCAUUUUUUCUUUCCACUUCCCCUUCCUUCCCGCAAACCCCGAUGAUUCGUUCCACUUCGUUUUUUCACUUGGGCUCUUAAAGUUUGAACACUCAAGAUGAGUAUUGAACUCAUAGAUGAGUAUUAUACUCAUAGAUGGAGUGAACCAUGUCGCUUCAAUGUGAAAUUCUGUGUAGAUUGGGUUUAGCUUUUGGCAAGGAACUCUGCCUGAGAAAUCCAGUGAAGCCUUUGUAGUUAUUUAUGGAACUUCUUGGUAUUGGAGCCAAUAUGCAGGGUUCGAGCAACUAUCCGAACUCUUAUUUCAGUCGGGAUCGUAAAGGAGUUGUUGGUAGCUGUGUAUGGCCACAAAUCAGUGAGGAUAAAAUGGUGAACGGUCGACAUAGCUCCAAUGGUUUCUUAUCACCGUUGUCAGCGGGUCUGUAUGUCGAUUGUGGCCGAGAAGCGUUGAAGCAGAUAAUGAUUAAGCAAGAAUUGGUUUUUAGGGAUCAGCUUUUCGAACUUCAUCGACUUUAUAGACGACAGAGGGAGUUUAUAGCUGAGAUGAAGAGGGAAUCAAGUAAGCAUGAUGUUCGCAUUACGACAGCUCGGGUCUCUGCGUUGUGUGCUAAAGAUGCACGAAACUUCCCUGUGUAUAAUCAAUCAUCUAUUUUCGGUGAAGAAAAGACGUCGUUACUUUCAUGUCAAGGGAAGAACUUUCAAACAGAUUCCGACUCCGUUCUGAAUGGAAGUUGUUCAACGAAUACUUACGUUUCGGAAUCUAAGAGAAAGAUUUUGGGAAAAGUGAUGUUUGAUCUUGAACUUCCAACUGACAGCAAACACUCGAACGUAAAAGAUGAAUUGUCCGAAAGGCCUGAAAUAUCGAGCUGUGAUAUGAAGAGAAUACCUGAGAUUGUUCAUAUUAGUGCUAGAACACCUUUUCUUGCCAAGUAUGAUUUGAAUGCCUCAUUAUUAGAGAAAACUAAGGUCUCGGUUGAUUUAAACGAUCCUCCAAACUUUGAGGAAGAAUCGGGUUUUGGAUACGUCGAUUUAAACGAGGCUACUGGUCACAGGGAGAUCCUUUUCCAUGAGCUCUAUGGCAAAGCCAAUUCAAACUUUCUUGUUUACUCAGAGCAAGACAAAGAUAUUGCAAGUUCAAGUCUGUCAUCAUCCACUACAUCUUUGACAAAAUCUGCACAAGAUCCUAAAGAACACCAUAUUUUGGAUGCUGAGAGUUCCAAAAUGUUGAUAGAAAACGCUAUGCUUGCUGAAGACGAUCGCUCUAGCGUUAAGAACUUGAUAUCUAGAAUUGGGUCUGAUAGUGUAAGCAGCCCUCUUGAGAUAAGCUUCAGUAAUGGCACCAAGUCCGAGAGCGUAAAAGGAGAAUCUCGUCGCUCAUUCGACGCUUCUGCAAAUUGGAUCAAAGGUCGAAUCGACCUCAAUGUGUGCUUAAAUGAAGAAUGUUUGGCAACACCUUGUUGCUCCACUGAAAUGAAACAUUCAAUUACAGGAGAGUUUGAUGACCAAGUUGGAUCAAAUUUUCUAAACUCCAUUCGAGAUGAUGGCGAACCAUUGGAGGAUCUCGUCGCGAUUGCAGCAGAACGUUUGAUAUCUAUUUCAUCAUCGACGGCUCAAAAUUGUCAGAAAAACAUCAGCUGUCAGUAUGUUCCAGCUUCAUGUGAAUCUUUAUCCUGGUUUGCUGAAAUAGCCUUGAAAAAUAAGGAUGCUAAUGACUCAAAGGAGCUUUCACCAAAUUCCAUGGAUGACUUUGAGAUCAUGACAUUGAAGUUGAAAGAAACAAAAGUGGAAGAGUGUUCUUUGAUAGUAAGUAACCACGACGAGGCAGCGGUAAAACAUGUUUCUUCGUCUUCAUGUCAACUCGGGAAGAGCCGUGUGAGGCGGAGUCCGUGCAAGAAUUUUCAGACAGAAAUUCUUCCAAGUCUUGCAACUUUGUCGAGGUACGAGGUUAAAGAAGACAUUCAAGCAAUACGAGGUCUGAUAGAAGUUGCAAAUUCUCGAGGUAGAACGACAUGGACUCGAGGGAAGAGACGGUUAUGUAACUCAUCUUCAAAACUUACAGAAACUGUCUUAGGGUCAAUCAUGGAUCAAGUAAACAGUAGCAAGGUUCUACUUUGGGGAAAUAUUACUCGUCGUCGUCGGGGACAGAGAUAUCGAGCUUGUAAUCGAAAGAUCGUUGUAGGACAAGUAUAGUCAUAGUUUUAAUAAAUGAAGUUAUCUCAUACACUAUGGAAA